AUGAAGACCUGCUACUAUGAGCUUUUAGGGGUCGAAACGCAUGCUUCUGAUCUUGAGUUAAAAAAAGCUUACCGUAAAAAGGCCCUACAAUAUCACCCAGAUAAAAACCCAGAUAAUGUUGAAGAAGCCACACAAAAAUUUGCUGUGAUUCGAGCCGCUUAUGAAGUACUGUCUGACCCCCAGGAAAGAGCAUGGUAUGACUCACAUAAGGAACAAAUUUUAAAUGAUACUCCACCAAGCACUGAUGAUUACUAUGAUUAUGAGGUAGACGCUACAGUCACAGGUGUCACAACUGAUGAAUUACUCUUAUUUUUUAACUCUGCUCUUUAUACUAAAAUAGACAACUCAGCUGCUGGGAUAUAUCAAAUUGCAGGAAAAAUAUUUGCCAAGUUAGCUAAAGAUGAGAUUUUAAGUGGUAAGCGACUGGGGAAAUUUUCCGAGUAUCAAGAUGAUGUAUUCGAACAGGAUAUUAAUAGUAUUGGCUAUUUGAAAGCCUGCGAUAACUUUAUUAACAAGACGGAUAAACUUUUAUAUCCUUUAUUUGGAUAUUCGCCAACGGAUUAUGAAUAUUUGAAACAUUUCUAUAAGACUUGGUCAGCGUUCAAUACCUUGAAAAGUUUUAGCUGGAAAGACGAGUACAUGUACUCUAAAAACUAUGACAGAAGAACCAAGAGGGAAGUUAAUAGAAGAAAUGAGAAGGCUAGGCAACAAGCUCGAAAUGAAUACAACAAAACCGUGAAAAGGUUUGUAGUUUUCAUAAAAAAGCUCGAUAAAAGAAUGAAAGAAGGUGCAAAAAUUGCAGAAGAACAGCGUAAACUAAAAGAACAACAGAGGAAAAAUGAGUUAAAUAACAGAAGAAAGUUUGGGAACGACAACAAUGACGAAGAAAAAUUUCAUUUACAAAGCUGGCAAACGGUAAAAGAAGAAAACUGGGAUGAACUGGAAAAGGUAUAUGAUAAUUUUGGAGAAUUCGAAAAUUCUAAGAAUGAUAAGGAAGGUGAAGUAUUGAUUUACGAGUGUUUUAUCUGCAACAAGACAUUUAAGUCGGAAAAGCAAUUGAAAAACCACAUAAACACUAAACUGCAUAAGAAAAAUAUGGAAGAGAUACGGAAAGAAAUGGAAGAGGAAAACAUAACGCUUGGGUUGGAUAAUCUCUCCGAUCUCGAGAAAUUUGAUUCAGCAGAUGAAAGUGUUAAAGAAAAAGAAGAUAUUGAUCUGCAAGCAUUGCAAGCUGAACUCGCUGAAAUUGAAAGAAAACUGGCAGAAUCGUCUUCUGAAGACGAAAGUGAAGAUGACAAUCUCAACAUAGAAAUGGAUAUAGAGGUAGAAGACGUCAGUUCGGAUGAAAAUGUACAUGUGAAUACGAAGAAUAAAAAGAAAAGAAAAAAGAAAAAAAAAGCAAAGGUUGACACAGAAACAGAGGAAUCUGAAUCGUUCGAUGAUACUAAAGACAAACGGAGUAAUGAGUUGGAUGAUCUUUUGGCAUCACUAGGAGACAAGGGCUUACAAACGGAUGACGAUGAAGAUUGGUCUACUAAAGCGAAAAAGAAAAAGGGCAAACAACCUAAAAAGAAUUCUAAAUCCACAAAAAGCACUCCGUCCUUGUCGACUCUACCGUCCUCUAUGUCUCCAACCUCCGCGAUCGAGGUGUGCACUACAUGCGGAGAAUCAUUUGAUAGUCGAAAUAAGCUAUUCAACCACGUGAAGAUAGCAGGGCAUGCGGCAGUGAAAAACGUAGUGAAAAGAAAGAAAGUCAAGACCAAAAGAAUAUAG